CCACGUGGCGUGUCCCCAUGGAGAGGAUGAGCUGGCUCAGCAAGCUGAACCCCCGGGGGGCCGGGCACCGCACCGCCCGCAGCGCCAGCUUGCAGAGCCCCGUCACCGCUGACCCCGAGACCUGCCUCAUGGUCUUCAAGAACCACUGGUCCCAGGUGCUGCGGAUCCUGGAGCGGCGGGGCUGCAAGCCGGCCCCUGACGACCUGAGCGCCGUGCGCAACAACACCUACCAGAUGCUGAACCUGCUGGCGGAGGACCGGCCGCGGGGCGACGCAGCUGCGGGGCCCAUCCUGGAGUUCGUGGUGGCAGAGAACCUCCUGGAGCGCCUGCUGUGCUGGCACCUGCAGGGGGACUUCACGGAGGAGCGCAAGGUGGAGCAGCUGAAGCUCUAUGAGAUGCUCAUCAGCCAGGCCCGGCAGCCCCUGCUGCAGCACAAGCCGGUGCUCACGCCCCUGCUACGGCUGCUCAGCCUCUGUGCCGAGCCCGCCUCGGCGCUGCUGGAGAACAGCCUGGUGCUGCUGCUCAACCAGCUCUGCGUCUCUGUGGCCAAGGAGCCCGCCAUCCUGGAGCUCUUCUUCCACAGCCACACGGACCAGGGCCCUGCCAACCUCAUCAUAUUCUCCCUCCUCAUCCCCUUCAUCCACCACGAGGGCGUCCUGGGGCAGCAGGCCAGGGAUGCGCUGCUGCUUAUCAUGGCCAUGUCUGCCAGCAACCACGCCGUGGCCAAGUCCAUCACCGACAAUUCCUACUUCUGCCCGGUCCUGGCCACAGGCCUGAGCGCCCUGUACUCCUCGCUGCCUCGCAAGAUCGAGGUGCGGGGGGAUGACUGGCACUUCCUGCGCCGCGAGGACUGGAUCGGCGUCUCCUCCCUCGUGCUCUUCAUGAACUCGCUGGAGUUCUGCAACGCCGUCAUCCAGGUUGCCCACCCGCUGGUGCAGAAGCAGCUGGUGGACUACGUGCACAACGGGUUCCUGGUGCCCGUCAUGGGGCCAGCGCUGCACAAGACCUCCAUCGAGGAGAUGAUCGCCAGCACGGCGUACCUGGACCUGUUCCUGCGCAGCGUCAGUGAGACGGCGCUGCUGAAAACCUUCCUGCGCUUUGUGCUGCUGCACCGCCACGACAACGCCACCAUCCUCGACACCCUCGUGGGCCGCAUCAACAGCAACUCGCGGCUCUGCAUGGUCUCCCUGAGCCUCUUCCGGACGCUGCUCAGCCUCAACUGUGAGGACGUGAUGCUGCAGCUGGUGCUCAGGUACCUGCUGCCCUGCAGCCACGUCAUGCUGAGCCAGAAGCGGGCGGUCAGGGACCUGGACAUCUACGGGAAGACGGCCGCCAAAUUCCUGUCGCUCAUCCCACGCUGCUGCCGCCCCGAGAGCCUGCCGCUGCCGGAGCGCGAGGAGGAGCACGCCGCCUGGUCCAAGGGCCAGGGCAGCCCCAACGUGGACGCCUCCUCCGUGGUGACCGUGCCGAAGCCCUCCACGCCGUCCCGCCUCGCGUUCUUCAUGCGGCAGCAGAGCGCCGGCCCCGAGGCAGCUGGCGCCGUGCCGCCGCGCUCCCCCGGCACGCCGUGCGGCAGCCCCGGGCACCGGGCCGGCCGCUGGGAGGAGGUGUCGGAGCUGGACAGGAACUACCUGGAGUACCUGCGGGACGCGCGCCACAGCAUCGACCGCUGUGCCUGGGCUUGCCGUGUCUGGUCGGCCCCCUACGACGGCGAGGAGCCGAGUGCCACUGGCACGGCCCCCCCACCCGAUGGCAGCCACCCGCCCGGCCCCGAGGGCUGCGGUGCCCCACGCCCUCCAGGACCCCCCACCCCGCGGACUAAGAAGCGGGGCCUGCCUGAGGAAGGGGCAGGGAGGGCCCUGGGGGGGCACCCUGUACCCGGUGAGCCCUGCACCGGGGGCCCUAGCCCCAAUGCCCAGGACUCGGGAGCCCUGGUGAACGGGGCGCAUGGGCUGGUGGAGCCAGGGCAUCCCGAGGGGGACGUGGCGGUGAAGAAGGUGCGCAGGAGCCCCCAGGGUGAGGGGCUGGCACAGAAUGGGGCCGCGGCCCCCCCCAGCCCCCGGCCACAGCCCGCAGGCUGGGAGCCGCUGCCCUCCGUGGACUCGCUGCUGGAGGAGCUGCUGGCCAAGGCGCCGGCUGAGCCCAACGGGGCGGACGUCAGCAUCGAGGCCUUCACGGAGGAACUGCGGGAGAUUGAGGCCGAGAUGAAGAACGGCUGGCGUGGCCCUGCCCAGCCCCAAGAGCCGCCCGGACCGCCUGAGCUGCCCCUGUCCCGCGAAGAGGAGGAGGCCUACGCCAGCUUCGCCGCCCUGCCCGAGGGCGAGCUGCCGGCCGGGCCGGGGGACGCUGCGGGGCGGGUGCUGCCCCGGCCCCUGGACCCCCUGGCGCAGCUCAUCGCCAGCCCCCCGCGCGCCGUGGGGCCGCCCCCCAGCCAGCCCUUCACAGGCCCCUUCGUGACGGCGCUGUUCGGCAAGCUGGAGAACAUGCUGCACAACUCGCUGUACGUCAACUUCCUGCUCACCGGGCUGGUGGCACAGCUCGCCUGCUACCCGCAGCCGCUGCUGCGCUCCUUCCUCCUCAACACCAACAUGGUCUUCCAGCCCAGCGUCAAGUCCCUGCUGCAGGUCCUUGGCUCGGUGAAGAACAAGAUCGAGAGCUUCGCUGCCAGCCAGGAGGACUUCCCCACGCUGCUCUUCAAAGCCAAGAAGUACCUGAUCGCCCGGGGCAAGCUGGACUGGUCGGACACGCCGAGCGUGGUGCCGGCCCUGCGCCGCUCCGAGCCGCUGGCCCGCAGCCGGAAGCCGUCGCUGGGCGAGCUGAUCCUGCGGCACGCCAACAGCCCGACGCGGGCGCGCCAGGCGGCGCAGCUGGCGCUGCAGCAGGUGCGGGACGGGCCCGUGCUGCAGGCGCUGGCGGGGGCCGCGCUGUUCCGCGGCUCGGCCGAGAAGCAGAGCGAGGCGCUGCGGGUCAAGAACGCCGUGUACUGCGCCGUCAUCUUCAGCGAGUUCCUGAAGGAGCUGGCGGCCAUCGCCCAGGCCCACGCGGUCACGUCCCCGUUCCUGACCGAGCCCCCCGAGGAGUGAGGGCGGCGGGGGCCUUUUUAACCACGCGCAGGGCACGGACCUUUUUAAUUUAUUGGGGGUGAAUGUUGUGCUGAGAGCUGGCUGCGGUGCGGCAAGGGGAGGCGGCUGCCCGCGGGGAUGCGCCGGGGUCGGCAGGGCCGGAUCCUGUGCCGCCUCACGCGGGGCGGGCCGGCUCUGCCCCCCACCCCCGGGUCCCCACUGUCACCCCGUCACCUCCCCCCUCCUCUCUAUGCAACACCCCGUGCCGUGGGGCAGCCCCACGGGGGCUGUGGGGCGGCGGGCCGGGGCCGGGGCAUGGGGCGUGGGGGCUGGGUGGUGCAUGGGGAGGGCUGGUGUGUCUGUGCUGUGUCAAAGCCCUUCUGUAAUAAAGGGUCUGGUCGAGGGCA